AAUAUAUGUCGAUUCUAAAAUGUUCUGUAAGAAUUAGUCCACAGUGAUUAAAUGUGAAUACAGGCCUACUGUUAAGAACUACACCGCGUGCUUCUUUUCCCCCACGUCGAACACAAACAUUUCUAGAGAGCAGAUGACUAUCUUAACAAGGGACGCGGUGAGAUUUCGCAACGCUACUCAAAACUGCCUACAAACAAAAAGCGCCUCUGCAAACUGUCCCGAGGCCCCCGUUGAGUUGGAAACCAUUCGACGUCUCUUCCCUUUUCGUCCCGAAUCGCCCGUUCUUUCGUUCGCCAACUCGGAGGCGUUGUUCGUUUCGGCGUCCCUUCGAGCAGGGUGGUUUCGCGACGCUCCCUAAGGCCGGAGUCCUUUUAAAGUUACCGCUGAGCGUGCUGUCGGGUGUGAUAGGCUGCUUAAAGAAAGAAGCUUCGCCUUGUGUUCAGAUGAGCCCGUGGUGCUGCUGGAGAGUUCACUCACCGUCUGCUAGCUCCAGCCAAAACGGACCACGAACCCUUUUCCUUUUUUUACGUUUUAUUUAUUUCAUGCUAUCCUCAGAUACGCCUUUUCAAAACAAGAUGUAACUCAACACCGAACAUUUGCAUCCUCACUUGAAUGAACAGGCGCGUUUUAAAGAGCCGGGAUGAACAUCACUGAUGGAAGUUAUUGUGGCGAAUGGUUUUAACUAUGGUAUGCCGAUGUGAUUGUUUAUUUUGCCCUUUACCCUCGGCGGCGGAUCCCUGAUUUUUGGGAUUAUCGGUAAUUCCGCGACUCUGCUAGGAAUCGUCGGCGAUCGAACGGGGAAUUCUGCACGGCCAGGCAAACUACAGGGGAUUUAAAUCGCAUUGCUCCGGGAGAAGAAGAGAGAAAAGCAGGAAGAAAAUUCAUGUGGCGAUUCUCUCCUUAACAAUAAAUCAUUUUUUGGAUUGCAGAAUGAGCAAGGAAAGACCUAAGAGGAAUAUCAUUCAGAAGAAAUACGAUGAUAAUGAUGGGAUGCCCUGGUCGGAGGAGCGGGUGGUGCGGAAGGUGCUCUAUCUCUCGCUGAAGGAGUUCAAGAGCGCUCAGAAACGCCAGCUCUGUGACGAUCUCAGCAAUGGAGGAAAAGGGCCCAAUGCUUCCUUGUCAAACGGGCAGCUGAAUGGAUGUGGGUCUAAAGGAGGACGUAAAGAGAACGGGUCUUGCUCUCAGAGCACAGAUGGAAGCAGCGAGUACUCUGAGGACUGCCCGGCCAAAAAGAGGCCCAGACUGCAUGCACAGAGGAAGUUUGCUCAGUCUCAACCCAACUCUCCCAGCACCACGCCGGUGAAGAUGGCCGACCCCUCUCUGCCCACGCCGCUCACACAUGUCACAUUCCUCUCCAGUCGCAAGCCCAAGACAGAAGACUUCCUCACAUUCAUAUGCCUUCGAGGCUCACCGGCAUUACCCAGUAACAUGGCCUACUUCGGCUGCUCUCAGGACGGGGAGGAUCUGGAAGAUGAAGAGGAAAUUGAGGAAGAGAAACCACCCAGUGUGGCUUCUACGUCGUGCCAGUCUACACCCAAGAAGGGCAAACCGCAUGGCAAGAUUAACGGAUUCGUGUUGAACGGCCUUAAGGUACACAAGGACAAAGAGCUGGCUCCCAGAUCCAGGGGCAGAGAGUCAUCCGUGGGGAGAGAGUGUAACGAGGGCUGUGACGCUGCUGAGAUCUCCCACAAGCACACUGCAGCCACGGCAAAGAGCCACAACACCAACGGCCACAACUACAGACGAGCCGCAGAAGAGCUCCGCAAGCAGGUCUCGAAAGUAAAUGGACUCACACGGGCAUCAUCAGUCGGCACGCAUACAGCCAGUGCCAAAAAGUCGAAAGACUUCCGUCUGCCGUCCAAAACUGUGAAGUACACAGCCACCGUGACCAAGGGCCACGUCACCUACACCAAAGCAAAACGAGAACUGGUUAAGAAAGCCAAACUCAACCACAGCAAGCACGCUUCUUCUGCUGGCCUCCGUGCUUACAGCAACAACCACCUCCAUCAUUCUCAUCAUCCAACCAGCAAUGGCCAUGGCCGGCCCCAGCUCUCUCACUCAGGAAAAGCCCAAAGUAUCAAUGCAAAAACCCGCAAACAGGUGCUAUUAUCGAACGGGGUGCAUAAGAUGACUAAUGGGGGCCGGCCUAAUGGCAGGCUUAAUGGACGCCACAGUGCCAGGGAAGAGGAGGAAGAUGGCCGACAAGUGCGGCAGGGACUGCGGAACUCUAAACGCAGGAGUGAUGCCAUUACGAUCCUUGGAGCUGGAGCCGAGAGGGACGAAAUUAAAACUAAGCCGCCUGUUACUGAGGUUAAGAAAGCUAAACUGCAUACUAGCCCACUGGAAACUCGCAGCAAGAAGGCUCUGGGUCAGUUCAAGUCCCCCAACACGAUUGCACACAGUAUCACUGAAAUGGCCGCUUCCCCGACUCAGAAAAUGGGUCCUGCCCCUCCUCCUUCACCCCCUGCUGCUCCUGCCUCCCCAUCCAUGCCCCAGAACCCCGCUACCCCUGAACCAGCACGUCAGAGGCCCAAACGUGCCUCUGCUGGCAAACUGAUGUUCAUCAGACAAGCACAGCAGAGGGCCCAAACUAACCCCGCCCUCAACCGGACCACAUCCACUACCUCAGCCAGCAAAUCCUUCAAACCAGCAGACCCCACACACACACCUCCACCCCGGCCAGACAGAGACAGGGAGCGGGAGAGGAGAAGGGCAGGGUGCGCGGCCCUGGGGGAUGUGCCCUUUUUCAAACCCACCUCCAGGGAGUUUCAGGACCCUUUGGUGUACCUCGACUCAGUUCGCGAGCGGGCCGAGUCGUCUGGACUGUGCAGAGUGUUGCCGCCUCCUGACUGGAGGCCAGAGUGCAAACUCAAUGACGAUAUGCGUUUUGUGACACAGGUUCAGCGCAUCCACAAGGUGGGUCGGCGCUGGGGCCCCAAUGUUCAGAAACUGGCCUGCAUUAAGAAGCACCUCAAAUCUCAGGGCAUCUCGAUGGAUGAGCCACCGCUUAUAGGUGGCUGUGAAGUAGAUCUGGCUCGUUUUUCCGAGCUGGUCUGCGACAUGGGUGGAAUGCAGCAGGUGAUGGACCUGAAAAAAUGGAGCCGGUUGGCUGACCUGCUUCGCAUUCCCAAAUCAGCACAGGACCGUCUGGCCAAGCUCCAGGAGGCCUACCUUCAAUACCUGCUCUCCUAUGACCUGCUCUCCCCAGAGGAGCACCGGCGACUGGAGCAGGAGGUGCUGGCAGAGAAGGAAGCUCUGGAACGCAAGCGGGGACCCCUGGAGGGCCACUCGGAUAAUGGCCAGCGGUCUCUGGCUCUUCCCCGUUACGAACCCAAGAAUGGGCUCACCGGCCUCCACCACCGCAAUGGCUUCCGCAAUCACAACAAAGAGCCAGACACCCAGCGGCAGGCCGGCCGCCGCAGACUGUUUGCUCAGGAAAAGAAAGGGGAAAAAGUGGACAAUGAUGAGGCAGAUGUGGAGACAGAAGAUGAAGGUGUUCUCAGUGACCAGCACAAAUGUAUAUACAAGGGGAGAUCGGUAUCUUUGACCACCUUUUACAGGAUAGCAAGAAAUACUAUGAUGAUGUGCUUCAACAAAGAGCCUGGGGCUGCUGAAGUUGAGCAAGAUUAUUGGCGGAUAGUGGAGCAGAGAGACUGCCACGUAGCAGUGCAUUAUGGGAAAGUGGACACAAACACACAUGGAAGCGGCUUCCCUGUGGGCAAGUCUGAACCCUUUUCCAAGCAUGGAUGGAAUCUCACUGUCCUUCCCAAUAACUCUGGAUCCAUUCUGCGCCAUCUUGGUGCUGUGCCUGGGGUGACUAUUCCCUGGCUGAACAUCGGCAUGGUCUUUUCUACCUCAUGCUGGUCACAAGACCAAAACCGCCUUCCAUACAUUGAUUACUUACACACUGGUGCUGAUUGCAUUUGGUAUUCUAUUCCUGCUGAGGAAAAGACAAAGCUUGACAAAGUGGUGCACACACUGCUACAAGCCAACGGCACGCCGGGACUGGAAAUGCUGGAGAAGAACGUUAUGAUUUCUCCAGAGGUGCUUUGUCGUGAGGGGAUCAAGGUCCACCGCACGGUCCAGCAGAGCGGGCAGUUUGUGGUGGUCUUCCCCGGGGCGUUCGUGUCCAGGGUGUGCUGCGGCUACAGCGUGUCUGAAACUGUGCACUUUGCCACACCACAGUGGAUGAACCUGGGCUACGAGGCUGCUAAGGACCUGAAAUACAGGCAUAUAGCAAAACCCUUCUCUAUGGAGAAGCUGCUCUACCAGAUCGCCACAGCCGAGGCCAAACGAGAAAACAGACUUGUGCUCAGUACAAUCUCUUCUCUUCUCAAAGAUCUCAGGAACAUAGAGAUGAAGCAAAGGCAGGAUCUGUAUGAAGCAGGGCUGCUCUCCUCCGCACGCUACUGCACUCACGACAACAACCAGUCACCCGCUGACACCAGGAAGAAACCCCGCAAGUGGCUGGCGCUGGAGUCGUCCGAGAGACGCUGCCAAACGUGUCAGCACCUCUGCUACUUAUCUAUGGUGGUGCAGGAGAAUGAAAAUGUGGUUUUCUGUCUGGAGUGCGCGCUGCAGUAUGUGGAGAAACACAAAAGCUGCCGCGGCCUCAAGAUGAUGUACCGCUAUGAUGAGGAGCAGAUCAACAGUUUGGUGAAUCAGGUCUGUGGUAAAGCCCUGGUGAGAAGCCCGGCGGACGGCUGUAACGGCUCCAGCCCCACCAAACCGCCCGCCAAGCGCGGCCCCCGCAAGAGAGCCGGCGUGGAGCUGUCCCUGACCCACCUGUCCAAAAGUGCCGCCGCCGUCUCAUGAGGAGCGCCGCCCAGUCCGUGUCCUCUCCCUCUCUUCGUAUCGUUCGUGUCUUUUAUCACCCACAUAGCAGGGCAGAGUUUUCCGUGUUGAAAGCAGGCUGCCUUUUUUGCACUAGCGCACUAGUUUGUAUUCACCAGAUGUUUGAUAGCAUUAAGAGACGCGGUCCCAGGCGUGCGUUUCACUGACGGGUGCGAGUCUGACGUCAUCUUCUUCUGUCCGGACCCUCUUCCUCCUCGUCCUCGGCCCCCUCGACUGCACACGCGCUCCUCCCGAACUGUGAACCUUGGGACAAAUGGGUGCUCCUCUCCCCGUUUCUCCAGACCCCUUUCCUUUGAAUGUUGGUGCUCGGUGGAGCUGCCCGAGAAUGUUUUAUUUUCGUUUCGUUUUUUGUUCAUCGCAUCGUUUCGGCGUUUGCUUUUAGCCAAGCGAUUUGUUAUAUUUCGGCUCUUUUUAGUUUUGGCGUUCCGUUUGGCUUCACGGCGACACCUUUUGGUUUCCGUUUGGUCAGCAUGCGGAAGACGCGUCUCGAAAGACGGCGAACACUUGAACAAUUUUAGCUCGUUUUAAUAUCGAUUUAGUUUUUUAUUCAAGAGGAAGUACGGUGGGUUUUUAGUGCACGCUGUCCUCUGCGGAUUCGGGCCGGUUUCCAUGGCAGCGGGUCGGGCUGUACUUGAGGAAGUGGGUGUUGGGGAAUGAAUUAGCGGGUCCUGUCCCGGCGGUGAGGGGCGUCCCUCCCACGCCGACGCUUACGAGCGAUACCUGUGCCUGAUGUUUAACGGGGAGAUCUUUCUUUAUUUCGGUGCUGUUGUUUUUGUUUUCUUUUUGUUUUACUGUAUAUCAGUGCAAAAAAAAAAAGGUAAUAAGAAAGAAGAGCUGCUCGCUGGCCUUCUUAUCCCACAGGACGGAAGAGCCCAGAGGCUUUUUCCGCUUCUAGAUGUGCAAUCGUGUCAACAUUCCAUUCUUCCAGACUUAUUGAUUCAUCUGUACCAGUUAACAUUAAUUAUUAUAUAAUAUUAUUGUAAUUAUUAUAUUUUGUUUCUCCUCUUUUGUUUCCGACGUGCUAUCUCAAUUUAGAGCCACUAUUCAGAGGGUGUAAAAUGUGAAAGUUGUUUUUUUUUUCUUCUUCGUUGUUUCUUUUCGUUCCGUCUUUUUUUUCUUUUUGCAGAAGUAUCAUCGACUUAAAGAAACUUAAGAAAAUCACCUUUUUGUACAUAACCUGUAAAUGUCUUUAAUACUUGAGCCUUUGUUGGAGUGACGGAAGGAAAGGAUAGGUGGAUAGAUGGACGAUGUCAGAUGAAGAAAAGCCUUACAUUUCAGUUUCUUCAGCUGCGGGAGGUCGAUGCGUACAGGGUCGCUCUGGUAAUGUGUAUAAAUUUUAAGUGCUGCUUACAUCACUGAGGACUAAGAGAACGGAGUCGCGAUUUGCCCCUAGUUUUGUUUUUUAGGUUUACUUUUUUAAAGAAAAGGGAAAAUACUUUCACAAAAAAAAACAAAAAAAAAAAAAAGGUUUUUACAUUUUCAUUACUGAAAAUUCAACAUUGUAGUAGCUACUCAUGUUGCACUGAGCUUGCCAGUGGUGACUGUCAAGGAAAAAAAAAAAAAACUAUAAUCCAGUUUGUUGGUUGUCGUCCUUAACAGAAGACUGAACUGUUUUAGGAGUAUUUAAUGAAAACCAAGUCAGGUGUUUUCAACAAAACGGCGGUUGUCAAGUUUUUAUGGCCUUAGGAUGUAUUUUAUUCAGAAAUUGUGUUGUUUCUGUUCCUUUUUCUACAAUAUGAGAGAUCUGCUCACGGUCAGGCGAGUUAAUUUAUUAGCUUUUCCUCUCUUGAGGAAAGAUUUCAUGUUGGUUAUAUUGCCAGGUUUAUUUUGGUUUUUCUUUUGGUUUUUUACUUUUUCAAUUUGUACUUAAGGUUUAAUAAAAACUCAUGGACAAUUCGC